GAACGAACGAACGAACGAACAGACAGACAGACAGACGAGCGAGCGAGCGAGUGAGUGAGUUGGUGCUGCCGCUGUCUGCGAGACCUGGAGAUGCUGGUGUGAGUGUUGGUACGGAUCGUUGUCGGGAGCUGAGGCUGCACGUUCACUCAGGCUGAGACCUUUCAUCAAGACUGACAAAAAGUGUCAGCCCAAAACAUUGACUGUUUACUUGUUUUGGACCCAGUGAUAAUGCCAACUUUGAAAAUAUAAGCCAAGUCUGUCCAGCCUUUCCUCGGUAAACAACUACAGUAUCUCAUUCCAGAGUAAGAAUUCCGUCACUCCCUUGGACCCUUGCUGUUAAUGUUUUGCCAGGACAGCAAACAACCGCUUGUUACAAAAUCCAACAACAAAGCAAAAUAAAGGAAAAUUAUUGAGAGGAAUAGGAUAGUGGAAUUUGCUUUUGAUUUUUUUUCUGUUUCAUCUCAAUUGUCCCAUCUUCUCUUAAUCUAAAUGUAUUUUACUUAGAAUAAUCAAACAUCAAGUCAGCAGUUUUGAUCUAAUUAUUCAGACAGAAACUGGUUUGUUGGAUAAAUAUCCUCACCUCUAUUUGGGACACUUCGGAGUUUCCAUUUCUAGCUUUCAAAGUCUGGGCAGGAUGGCUGGUUACAGCUACUAUAGAAUAACCAUCUUCACAGCCAUGUUUGUGGGCUACACCCUGUAUUACUUCAACAGAAAAACCUUCUCCUUUGUGAUGCCCUCCAUCAUGGAGGAGGUGACCUUGGAAAAAGACGAUUUAGGUCUGAUAACCAGCAGCCAAUCGCUGGCUUAUGCUAUCAGCAAGUUUAUCAGCGGAGUCCUCUCCGAUCAGAUCAGUGCCCGUCUGCUCUUCUGUUCUGGGUUAUUCCUAGUGGGAGUGAUAAAUGUCGUCUUCUCCUGGAGUUCCACCAUCACUGCCUUUACUGUGCUCUGGUUCUUUAACGGAUUGGCACAAGGCUUUGGGUGGCCACCCUGUGGAAAAAUACUGCGCAAGUGGUAUGAACCAGCACAGUUUGGAACAUGGUGGGCUGUUCUGUCGACCAGUAUGAACUUGGCAGGCAGCCUUGGCCCACUCAUCGCCACAACAAUGGCCCUGAGCUACAGCUGGAGGGUCACCCUCACACUUUCUGGUUCCAUCUCCAUUGGGAUUGCAUUCCUGUGUUUGUUCUUUAUAAUUAAUGAGCCUAUGGAUGUAGGACUACCCAACAUUGAACCAGGCCUGAAGAAAGGCGGCAAGAAAGGAUCCACUGGUGAUGAGAGCACUUUGAAAGAACUGUUGUUGACCCCGUAUCUGUGGGUCCUGAAUAUUGGGUACUUGGUGGUGUUUGGAGUGAAGACCUGUUGCACUGACUGGGGGCAGCUGUUCCUCAUUCAAGAGAAGGGACAAACUGCACUGAUGGGGAGCUCGUUCAUGAGUGCACUGGAGGUCGGUGGGCUGCUUGGGAGCAUUGCUGCUGGAUACCUGUCUGACAGGGCAGUUGCUCGGAAAGGCCUUCGAAGUCAUGGGAACCCUCGACAUGGACUUUUGCUCUCCAUGAUGGCAGGAAUGGCCUUAUCAAUGUAUCUCUUCAGAGUAACGGUAACCACAGAAUCUGCCAAGUUAUGGAUUCUGACUUUGGGAGCCGUGUUUGGGUUCUGUUCGUAUGGGCCAAUUGCACUGUUUGGAGUGAUUGCCAAUGAGUCUGCACCUUCUAACCUGUCUGGCACGUCACAUGCCAUUGUUGCUCUCAUGGCGAACGUGGGAGGAUUUCUGGCUGGCCUCCCGUUCAGCACGAUUGCAAAGAAAUACAGCUGGAACACAGCAUUCUGGAUCGCUGAGCUAACGUGUGCUGUCACCACCAUGGCCUUCUUCCUGCUGAGGAACAUCCGGACAAAGAUGGGCCGUCUUCCAAAGAAGGAAGAUUGAAAAUCUAGAAAUGCUCCACCAGUAGAGAGCCUUAUGCUUUGAUUAUGCUGGUAAAAGUUCAUUAAGUGAGUGCACUUCUGUCAACAACAUUACUUGGAGUCUGUAAGGAGUGGGUCCUAUCACAAGCUUACCACUUCACCCUUUUCCCAAAGUCCCCAUUCACAAUAAGAUUCUCAAACAUGUGGAUCUUGGCCCAUCUUUUAUCAAGCCAAGACCCUUCAUCAGGACCUGAAAUGUGUUGGUCUUAGUCCAAAGUACCAACCAUUUAUUCCUUGCCAUGGAUUCUGCCUGACUUGCUGAGUUCCUCCAGCAUUUUGUCUGUGCGUUGCUCAAGAUUUCCAGCAUCUUCAGAAUCUCUUGUGUAUGUGAUUCACUGCCCCACUAUCUCUUCGAGGUAUGCCUAUCCCGAAGAAGUUUAAAUCUUCUCUUUGACAGUUCAGUGACACCUUCUCCCACUGCUCAGCUUCUGUGGUCUCAAUUAUCACCAGCCAAUUUGUACUCCUUCCUCUCCCUCUCUUCCCUUUCCAAUCCUAAUGAAGAGUUUUGGCCUGAAACAUUGACUGUUUAUUAAUUUCCAUAGAUGCUGCCUGACCUACUGAGUUCCUCCAGCAUUUUGUGUCUGUUUAGAUUUAAACAGAAUCUAUUUGACACAAGCUGGUAAGCUGUUAUCUACGUGCUACCACAGUGGUUCCCUAUUGCUGAGUUUUGUGUUCUCAGCUCCUUUAUUCCCUGUUUACACCCUGAUGGAUCCAAAUAACUCUCACCCCUCAUCUCCAGUUUUUCCCAUCAUCUGUGAUCUAUUUACAUUCUACAGCAAGAGGUGACACCUGGAUAAUCCAGGUGAACCUUUCCAGAAGAGAAUAUUUACAUUGAGAUUAUAACUGGUCUGGGAGUGAAGUUUGACACGAAUGUUGAAUUGGGCUAAUUUGUGUGAAUACUGACACUUCCUCUCCCUGUCAGAAUACCACAAAGGAGAGCCUGACAUGAUGAAAUCUGCAGAUGCUGGAAAUUCAAGCAACACACACAAAAUGCUGGUGGAACGCAGCAGGCCAGGCAGCAUCUAUAGGAAGAAGUAGAAUUGACUGUACUUCUUCCUGUAGAUGCUGCCUGGCUUGCUGUGUUCCACCAGCAUUUUGUGUGUGUUGCUCAAAGGAAAUCCUGGCUCCUUGUGUUUGCUCUGCCAUUCAGAAGGAUCAAGACUGAACAUCUUCCUAUGCUUCACUCUUUCACACUAUCCCCUUUUCUCUUUGUGGCCAAAAUUUGUAUUGCAUAUUCAUAAGUAACUGCAUACAGAUGGUCUGAAGUUAAAGAACACUACACCACAGUAACAAGCCAUUUGGCCCUUCUAGUUCAUGCCAACCUGUUUGUGUCUUGUCCCACUGAUCUGCACCCAGACCCCUCCCAUCUAUGUACCUAACCAAAUUUCUCUUAAAUGUUGCAAUUAAACCUGCAUCCACCACUCUCACUGGCAGCUUAUUCUACACUGGCACCACCUUCUGAGUGAAGUUGUUUCCUCUAAACAUUUCACCUUUCACCCUGAGCCCAUGUCUUCUAGUUCUAGUCUCACCCAACCUCAGGGGAAACAUGCCUGCUUGCAUUUAUUCUAAAUACCCUCAGAAUUUCGUAUACCCCAACAAAAUCUCCCCUCGUUACCCUACACUCCAGAAAAUAAAGUCCUAACCUAUUCAACCUCUCCUUAUAACUCGGGUCUUCAAGUCCCAGCAACAUCUUUGUAAAUUUUCUCUGUACUCUUUCAAUCUUAUUGAUACCCUUUCUGUAGGUAGGUGACCAAAACUGCACGCAAUGCUCCAAAUUAGGCCUCACAAAUGCCUUAUACAAUUUCAACAUAAAAUCCCAACUUGUGUACUCAGUGGUCUGCUUGAUAAAGGCCAAUGUGCCAAAAGCUCUCUUCACAACUAUAUCUACCCGCGACACCACUUUCAAGGAAUUAUGGAUCAGUAUGAAGUGGUGGAGAAUUCUGAGAACUUCUCUCCACAUCAUCACCAGGAAGGCUAAAUUGUUAACUUUGGAUUUUGGUCCCAUUGUGAUAAUGGAUUCUUUUCUUUCCCAUUUAUUUAUUCAUGCCACAUGGCAAGACUGGUUGUUAAUUGGGCACCCCUAACUGAACUACAGGGGUUAUUGGGGAGUGGGGGGAGGGUUAUAAAAUUAGUCAUUUUGGGUAAAGAUGGCAAUUUGAUCUUCGAGGGAUAUUAGUGAACCAGACGAUUUUCACAAGGACCUGGUACUUUCAUGGUUACCAAUUAGUUGAGUGAUUAAUUUAUUGAUUAGUUAAUUAAUUAGUGGAGUUCAAAUUAUCGGUGAUAAUAAUUCUGAAUGUGAUCCUAUCCUAAAUGGAGUGCAAGUUAAGAUUGUUUUUAGAUAACUGUUUCCUAUAUUUCUUGAUCACCAUUGCCCUAUAUCUGAUCCACUAUUCUCCUGUUCAACAGCUUACAGCAGGCUUUAAAAUGUGUCAAAAACUUGAACCUUGAAUCUAUCCAUAGCCAUACAACAUUUUAUUAAAAGCCUAUUUUAUUCCAGCCAUAUUUGAAUACAGCCUGUCCCAGCAGAGCAGCUAGUUUCUGGUCUUGCCUUGAGAAUUUAACAUAAUGGAUAUUUGAUGGGCAAAUGAAUCAACAUCGUAAUUAACUCUAAUUCUUGCUAGUUCACUUUGCAUAUUAAAAGAAUACACUACCUUCUGUAUCGCAAACACGAGAGAUUCGGCAGAUGCUGGAAAUUCAUAGCAACACAUACAAAAUGCUGGAGGAACUUAGCAGGCCAGGCAGCAGCUAUGGAAAAGAGUAAACAGUUGUCAUUUCAGGCUGAGACCCUUCCCUCUCUUAACUGAAUGGCUAAGUGUAUGGCUACUGGAUGGAAUUAAUCUCCCCUUUUUAAAGAAUACUUUAAUGUAUAGUUGAGCAUUUACUACUUGGCAGGGUCAUUCACAAAUAAGGCUUUUUAAAACAUUUAAUGUAAACAGUAAUCAAUAAAUUUUACCCACUUGUU